AUGAAGAAAGGCACUUCCUUCAUAUGGGAUGAGCCUUGCCAACAGGCCUUUGAAGAGAUUAAGGAUUAUCUCUCAAAUCCGCCUAUCCUGGCGGCUCCCGUCUCAGGGAAGCCGUUCCUCAUCUAUAUACGGGCUAUGGAGCAUUCUCUAGGCGCCCUCUUAGCACAAAAUGACGACGCGGGCUACGAACAGGGCAUCUACUACCUAAGUAGAACCUUGCAAGGCGCCGAACAGCGUUACCCAAUGAUCGAAAAGGAAUGUCUGGCCUUGGUGUUUGCCAUCCAAAAGAUGCGACACUACCUGGUAAGCCAGACAAUCCACAUCAUCUCCCGGAUGAACCCCAUCCGAGUUUUCAUGACGCAGCCUGCGGCGCUAAAUUGGCGCCUGGCCAGAUGGGCACUUCUGUUGUCCCAAUACGACAUCCAUUUCAUGCCACAAAAGUCAGUCAAGGGACAGGCCAUCUGCGAUCUCAUGGCUAGUCACCCGCUGGCAGCGAAGACAGACCUAUUUGAAGAUUUGCUUGAUGAACCCCCCGAAGCCAACAUAACUUCGUCAUCAGGGGUUUGGCAAAUGUUUUUUGAUGGCGCGUCUCGCGCAGGAGCGAGCGGCUCUAUGAUUGCAGGAGUGGGGGUGGUCUUCACUUCUCCACAUAACCACGUGCUGCCCCGAGCCUUCUCUUUAACAGAGCCAUGCACCAACAACGUGGCUGAGUACAAUGCGUUACUCAUCGGGCUCGAAUUAGCGAAAGAAUUAGGGAUAGAGCGCCCCGAGGCAUAUGGCGACUCUCAGCUCAUCGUCAAGCAAGUGACUGGCGAGUACGAGGUCAGAAAUGACGAUCUGAUCCUACUUCACAAAGCAGCCAUCAAGCUGGUGGGGUCAUUCGAAAGCUUCCACAUCGAACACGUGCUACGUUCCAAGAACACGCAUGUGGACGCCCUUGCUUCCCUGGCAGCCAACCUGGCCCAACCGCUGGGGACGUCCCAAUGGGUCACUGUGACAAGCCAGAAGCUCUUUCGUCCGAAAGAUGUCCCAGAGGCAAACACCGCUCAUCAGGUCCCGGAUCAGCCCGAGCCGGAGGACUGGCGCCUCCUAAUCGUCGAUUACAUUCUGUACGGCAUGUUGCCCGAAGACGCAAGAGAGCGAGAGUCUGUCCGAUGA